AUGCAGAUUAAAGCUCCCCCUAAUUUCCAACCCCAAGAUGUAAGGAAGGGUAAAACACAGAUCCCUGGUCCCGUCCGAUCACGAUAUAGAAAGUUCGAUAUUUAUCGUGAUGUUCAACAAUUCUAUCACGUAGAUGAUCACGCCAUUCAGGUAGCCCAGAAUGAUCAUGAAACGUUUAUUGAUUUGGUCUGGCAUCUUGUUUACAGUCAGAAUUACCAAUCAGAUCUGGAGAAAGCCAGGGCUAUAUUCAGAUGGAUGACCAGUAAGAAUAUGUACACUAUUAAAUUUAAAGGUAACGCUGCCAGUGGCAGUCCUGAAGAAGUUAUCUUGUCUUUUAGAGAUAAACAAGGAACUUAUGCCAGAAUUUUCGAAACAAUCUGCAGAUUUUCCGGCCUCCAUUGUCAAGUAUUAACAGGUUUUGCGAAGGGAUUAGAUUAUAGACCAGGUGAUAAGUUUAAAGGAUCAGAAUAUAACCACAGUUGGAAUGCUAUAUUAAUAGAUGGACAGUGGUAUCUUAUUGAUUCUCAUUGGGCCACUCGCUAUCUCGUCUCCGAGAAAAACAACCCUGAAAACUUGGUGUAUGAAUAUGAUGAUUUUUAUUUCCUGACUGAUCCAGAACAACUGAUCUACAGUCACUGGGCUCACAAAUCAGACUGGCAACUUCUCUCACGACCUAUUUCACUUCAAGAUUUCGAGAACCUCCCAUUGGUCAAGUCCUAUUUCUUCAAAUGUGGAAUGUUUUUUAUUUCUCAUCACAAUGGUGUCGUCCAGACCAAACAGGGACGUGUAGCCUUGACCUUGGGCUUCAGCAAACCCACCAAUUUCACGUAUAAAAUCGUAUUUUCCGAUACCAAUGAUGAGAUGUAUCAAGGCCAGAAACUGAAAAGUUAUGCACUUCAACAUCAAGGAAAGAACCAAACCACUACUUUCAUUUUCCGUGCUCCAAAAUCCGGGCAAUUCUACUUCACUAUCUUCGCUCAGCUUCUCACUGGUGAACUGGGAGUAAAGAAUGUCUUCACUGCCUCCGCGGAAUACAAAGUCAUCGUUGACAAACCAGCCUCUGAUGCUGUUGCCCUUCCCAACUGUUCAGACAGUAGCUGGGGAGCAGGAAUUGCUGUUGAUCAAAUUGGAUUGGUUGCUAACCCCACUAAUGGCGUCUUGACAACAUCCAAUGGUAAAGUUAACCUGGAAUUUAAGAAAACAAGACCAGCAUUCAUUUUGGCGAAACUUCGUAAGAAUGGAAUGAGAGAAGAAGAUCUUGAGAAACACAUCAGUGAACAGGAUCUCGGAGACAGAAUCAUUGUGUCUGCUGAAUUGCCCAAAGAAGGAGAAUACGGAAUUGAAAUCUACGGUAACGACCCUGCCAAAGAUGGUGACACCUACACUCACGUAGCCCAAUAUUACGUCCAUAGUGCCCCACAAGCUGAACAACUGAAAGCUUUCUACCAAGAAUCUCCCGAGAGACGUAAUUUAUCACCACAGCAACAAGCUGAAAUAGAAGGAGGCUACAGACCAGAUUCGUCUUCGGUUAAGAUAAUACCUGUGGAUUUUUCAACCCGGUUUAACCCCCGUGUCAGUGAUGCAGUUAAGAGGGGCUCACAUGGAAAAAGUACCAGUUGUUCGGAUGGGACAAUAAACCGAGGCCUCGUGUGCUACAGACUGUGCACAUUAAAGAUUCCUCAACAGUCGGAAAUCGAAAAAGAGCAGGCUAAUGCCGCUGUCCUGGCAAAAUUUCUCUCAUUGUACCCUGCAUGGCGUUACCUGUCUUCAUUAGCCUACAUAGUAUCGAAAUCAGACCACAAUAGUUUCCGUGAUUUAGUUUGGGAUUUGAUUUAUUCUAAAAAUAUUACAAAUGAAAUAGAAAAAGUCAGAGUUAUUUUCCGAUGGUUAGCAACUAAAAAUCUAAAAGAAAUGAAUUUUGAUAAUGUUCAGCCAGGAAGUCCUGAGGAAGUUUUGAUGGGUUUGAAAACUGGAAAAACAACAUAUGCCAUGGUGUUUGAUACUAUGUGCAAUUACGCUGGCCUCCAUUCCAAGAUUAUCACUGGAUAUGCCAAGGGUGCUGAUUAUAAACCAGGAAUGAAAUUUAAACCUGGAACCAACCAACACUCCUGGAACGCUGUCUAUAUCUAUGGUACUUGGUGCUUGAUUGACGCACAUUGGGCUGCUCGUAGAAUAAUUGGAAAACAAGCUCAGACCCAAUCAUCCGAGGAAUUCCAUUAUCAACUCGACGAAUACUUCUUCUUGCCCGACCCCCAUCAGCUGAUCUACACCCAUUUCCCAGACGAAGCAAAAUGGCAACUCAUCGAACAACCAAAAACCUUAGAAGAAUUUGAAAACCUUCCACACAUGAAACCACAAUUUUUCAAAUAUCAUUUAGAAUUCGUCACGCAUAAAACCUCCGUGAUAUACAGUCGUGGAGAAAUCAAUAUCAGACUGCGUUACUUUGACCUCAAGUCUGCUGUCACAUUCAAUUUCACCAUCUGCUUCGAAAACGGAGAGGAGGAGUACCGAGGCGUUAAAUUGAACAGAUAUGGAAUGCAGGAAAGCGUUGGAAACAUCUCAUCAUUCCGUUUACGUCUACCAAUCAAAGGAUCCUAUAUCUUAUACAUCUACGCUAAAGAAGAUACCCCUGAAAACAAAGAUAAUGUCUACGCCCAGGUCUGCGAAUAUAAGAUCGUCCAAGAAGAGGCUUUGAAUCCUGCCCCAGAAGCUUUCCCACCAUGUUCCUAUUUGAAUUGGGGACCUGGACCAAGUUUCAAUAGAUACGGCCUCACAACCUACCAGCAGACGGCGUGUAUUCAUACGCGAGAAGGAAAAGCAGAAGUACAAAUUAAAAUCCCCCAAAACAUGCAGUUUAUGGGCAAGAUGAAGAACAACCAUUACAAUGAUGGAGAUCUUGAGGGUUACGUGGUCCACAGAGUUGUUGGAAAUACAGCUUUCUUUAAUGUCACUGCCCCAGGACGAGGUGAAUAUGGUUUGGAGAUCUACGCCAAUGAUCCUGUUAAAGAAGGGUCAACCCUCUACCAUGUAGCUCAGUACCUGAUCAUCUGUAACGAAGAUGUCAAAGCCACACCCCUUCCUAAACUUCCACCUGGAUACCUCGGGCCUCAACACAAAUUUGCUGAAUUUGGCAUGGCAACAUCCAGUCACCAUGACCCUAUAAUUCACUUGGAUACCAACACCGUCACGAUCCAGAUUCGAUCAGAGACUUUGUUACGAGUAACUGGAAACCUACUGGCUGUCCAAGAAGACACCUCUGAAGUUGAACAUCCCGAAUAUAUUUUUGCCCAUACCUUGGGUUCCAUGAUCACCUUCAUCAUCAAUCUUCCCCACACUGGAUUCUAUAAGCUCCAGCUGUACGCCUGCCCUGUUAGCGAUAGCAGUCAACAACUUCCUGGUGUAUACAACUAUCUUAUCAACUGUCGCCAGGUAACCCAAGCCGUAUUCCCCUUCCCUAAACAGUACGCCCAAUGGAAGGAAGGUUGCUUCAUGUAUGAACCAGGAGUGAUCGCCACUACAACUGGACCAAACGGCCAACAGAUUUCCAAAGAUCGAUUACCCCCAGAGGUUAACUUCCGUUUGAUGAUUCCUAAAGCUGAAGCUGUUGCCGUAGUAGCAGGAGAAGAUUGGACCCAGUUAGAUCGUCUCCAAGGAAACGAAUGGGGCGGAAUUUUGAAGGUUGAUAAAUAUUAUGGAACAAAUACUAAAAUUACCGUCAACGCUAACUAUGGAGCUGACAAAACAAGUUACGCAACUUUGUUGGAAUAUUGCGUUUAGAAAAUUGUUUUCUUGUUUGUUUGUUUGUUUAAUUUGUAAAUGUAGUAUUUUUAACCAAUCGUAGUGAAGGAAGAGAUAAGAGAAAAGUAUAAAGAUGGCCGAAAGUUGUAGUCGUUAUUUUAAUGAUAGAGAAUGAGGCUUGAUAAUUUUUCUAAAACUGUUAACUGUUUUCAAAUUUCUGCAUUUAGAUUUGUCCGCCAAUAUUUUCAGUAUGAAAACAUUUUUGAUAGAAAAACGAAGUUUCAUGCAUAGAUAUUACCAAUUUAAGAGUCCCCUCAAUAAAACAGAUGGAAUCAUAUUGUAAGCUGAAGCUAGUUCUACUUUCAUUUUAUAUUUACUGCCAAUUAGAUAGCUUAUUGAAUGUGGAAUUUGCAAAAUAUUUUGAUAUUGAGCCUCUGGUAUAUAUUAACUACUGGCUUGCUUAAUAGCUUUUCUCAAUAUUUAAGGAUAUCAUACUUACUUCAAUCAUGAAUAUUCAAAGUAUAUAUAUCCAGCCAAUGAAUAUGAUAUUUAAAGAUCUGAAUAAAUUUACAUCUCAUUAUCUCAAGACAUGGGUUUUCUUCCCAUGUUUUGAUUUGAAAUUUGAGCUUUUUAUUUUUUAUGCUUUGUCCAAAUAACAAAUGAUUAGUCUUUCAAAUUUUACUCACAUGAAUAUUUGACCUGAAGAUUUUAUAGAAAUAUGAUUUUAGACUUGUUCCAUCAGGCAUUAGAAGAUGGUCGUCCGACAAUGAUAAGUAAUGGCAUUGGAAUGUGCUUGUUAAAAUCUAUGGUCUAACAAAUGUCUUUUCCUUGUAAUUUAUGUUGAUUUAGCAAUUUGAAGGAGUUGCUCUGCUACCUUAAAAUCCAAACAAUGGUCAAUUACUGCAGGAUCUGUUUGCGAUACCACACAAUUUUUCAUGUCAUAUCGAUAAAUUGGCUGCAAGAUAAAAAAAAAAUGGUUGUCAAACUUCAGUAUGAAAGUCUAUUCGUUAAGCUUAUGGCUGGAUAUGAAAGUCGAGCGAGGUCAAAGUUCAAAGGUCAGAGGUCAGGUCGUAGAGUAAUUGUUAAGUGUAGAUUAUUAGAUUUAUAUUUUAAUACUUUUUAUUAUAAAAAAAACUUUCAAAUUUUUUGCUCUUUUUUGUAUUUUUUCAAAACCAAACAGAAAUGUUUCGUUGCUAAGAGUUUGUUAAAUUUGUUGGUUACUAGAUUAUGAUUGUUAUAAAGCCUACUUUUUAAAAUUUUGUGAUGUAAAAAAAAGAGCGAAAGAUUUGAAAGUUGACCAUUUUUGUGAAUGGUGCGUAGAUUAGAGAUGAUUCUAAGAUGUAUUUGGUAUUCUUUUAUUAUUAUUAUUAUUAUAAUAUAACUUGAAACUUUUUUUUUGCAAUAAACUGCUUCUAUAAUAUCA